GAAAAAAAAAUGUUGUUUAUUUGGUUUUUGUUCAAACCUUUUGUGGAAAUGUACACAGUUUGGCAUGAUGAAUACUUGUGGCAUAGUCAGACCCCUACACAAGAACAGUAUAAAGCCCUCCAAGUGACCACUACAGACUUGCCGUUGUAUCACAGACACAGUACAUAUUCCUCCCAUCAAAUUUCAUGCAAUAUGUUGUGUUUAUGGCACCAUCUAGUGGCUAUAAACCCAAACUGCUUUUUUGGAAGAUGCCCCAAACUAUGUGCUAUAUCUGAGUAGUGGGUUGUGUACCCUUUUUACCUUUAAAUGCAGGUUGUGUGAAAGUAUUUAACUUCCUUUUUCACAUUUAUACUUCCCAAACCCAAAGCCUUCACAUCAAGUAUUCCAUUUUGAAGCAAUGCAUUGCAUACAAUAAACCCCUGUGUUUCUUCAUAUCCUUUGUUGCACCAAGCACCUAAACAUGAUGGCCUCUGGGUGUCGACGUUGCCCCAUUUCACUGUUGACGCACUUUCUUACAGAUCAGUGUGUCCAAAGUGGUGAAGCAGCAGAGAUGCUAUUCAAAUGAGAGUUUACGUGUGAUGAACAUUUCAAGUGACACAAUGGAGUCUGUUUAGUCUAAAUUAACGCUAUCUGUUCUUUGUGGGAAAAUGGGAUUUUUAUUAGCCAAGUAGAAUGGAAGAGAAACAAAACCACCUGUCAUCACUAUGAGUGCCACUGUAGCUGCAUAAAAUGUGAAACUAAAAUGAGACUGUAGGGACAUUCCUAUCUAACACUUCCAGAAACCCCACUCCUAAAAUCUAGUAGCCCCAUUAUCUGUCUUACCCACAUGUUCAAAACAUGUUUAUGUAAUUCCACUUGUGAAAAAAAAAAUGUAAUUCUUGUGACACUGGAAGUUGAAACACAUGAGAAGUGUGGCAGGAAAUGUGAUGCUCGGCGCUCAUGUGUCAACACAAGAAGCAUGUCAUGAGCCGGGAACUUCCUCAGCAGCAGCGGUCAUUCAGAAAUGUAGUCACAUCAUGUGGUAUUUCAAAUAUCACCGCGUGUUUAUAGAGGCCCAGAUCGAGGUUUCAGUCUGUUUCUCUUAAAAGAUUUUGCAGAGUCAUUUAUAGGGAAGUAUUCUGCACACAGUUUUCUUUAUGUAUACAUUUCUUAACAAUAUAAACAAAGGCAGCAAAAAAAAAAAAAAAAGGUAAAAAGCCUAAUAUUAGCUCAGCAAAAAAUGGAAUUAACAAGUCAGUAUUCACUACAUAAAAAAUGGGAUUGGAAAUCUGUAUUAAUGCUUGUCUAGCAAUAUGCCUGCAGCCCAAUUAACUACUGAAUAUGCUGUGUAAACACACAUUUUAAUUUACAAAAUAACAAUAGUGUACAAGCCUACAUCUACAAAAAUAUAAGACCUUAAAUGCAAUUUCUAACUGUAUUUGAAGAUGUGAUGUGCUUCAUUUUAUGUUUUUAAAAUCUUUGUUUUGGUAUUCUUGAGCAAAUCAGAAUCCGUGUACGUGUGACAAAGAGGAAAUGGGCCUAUGGUUACCAGUGGUGGGAGGAGUGAAGAGACAUACAGCAUUUUGUUCUCUGCCUCCUUGUGACAUACCCAGUGCUUCCCACAAAGAAGACACCACAAUGGCUGAUCCAACCACAUCUUCUCUAUUUAUAGACUUUGGCUCGAUUUAUGAAGAGCUCAACUUUACUUACAAUGACUCGGAGUUUAUUAUAAAUCCUGAGACCCAACCCUGCAACCCCUUCUCUGCCCCUGAUGCUGUGAUGGUCGUCGUCAGCGUGUUUUAUGUCAUCAUCUUUCUGUUGGCCAUUCCUGGAAAUCUGGUGGUGGGGCUGGUGAUUUGCCUGAGCAAGCAGUCGCUGCCUCCCUCUGACCUCUACCUCCUCCACCUGGCGAUUGCAGACCUCCUGCUGGCCAUCACUCUCCCGUUCUGGGCCACGUCUGUGACAAAGGGUUGGGUGUUUGGAGACGCCAUGUGCAAAAUUGUCACCGUCCUCCAAGAGCUAAGCUUUUACUCAAGCAUCCUCUUCCUGACUUGCAUCAGUAUGGACCGUUACAUGGUGAUUGUGCGAGCUAUGGAGGCUCGCAGGGCUAACAGACAGUUAGUCAGCUGGGGAGUUUGUGCUGCUGUCUGGGCUGUUGGAGUGCUUCUGUCUCUGCCAGGGCUUUUUAAUUCUGCUUCCCAAUCUCAAAACUCUAGUCAGAUAGCAUGUGCUGAACUGUACGAUCCCGGCAGUGCUGACGUGUGGCGGCUGGCCACCAGGAUUCUUCGCCACGCUUUGGGUUUUUUUAUCCCCUUGGCCAUCAUGCUGCCCUGUUAUGGAGUAACCAUCCAGCGCCUCCUUCACAUCCGUGGGGGGUUUCAGCGGCAACGAGCCAUGAGGGUGAUUGUGUGCGUGGUUGUCGCCUUCCUGCUUUGUUGGACUCCGUACCACAUUGCAGUGAUGGCAGAUACAUUCUUCAGGGCAAAGAUAGUGCCGUACGGGUGCCCAGCGAGGAUGGCAGUUGAUCAGGCCAUGUUUGCUACUCAGAGUCUGGGCCUGCUUCACAGCUGUGUCAACCCAGUGCUGUAUGCCUUUGUUGGAGAGAAGUUUAGGAAGAAUCUGUUGCAGAAAUUGAGGAAGAUGGGCAUCCUGGGGAGAGCAUCUGUGUCAAGAACCAGCAGGUCUUCACUGUCAUCAGAAAUCACAUCUACAGUCAUGUGAGAUGACCAGAGAGACACUUUGAAAUAUUCACAUAAAUUAAUCACAUCAGUGUAUAUACUGCACGAUCUCAUGUGCUGGACAACAGAGUACUAGUUUUGAUACUUAACUGCAUUUGUAUUGCAACAAUGUGGGACUUUUCAAUCUUUUUUUUUUAACAAAAUUUGCCAAGCGUGGCCUUGGACAUUUAAUCAAAUUUGUAAAUAUUUUUUCAUUCUUUUGUCUAUUUUUUUUAUCAUCAUAUUUAACUUGUUUUUGGCUUCAGCUCAGUAUUUACCAGAGAAAUGUUCUUUAAAGUUAAGCUGUAAACAUUUUCGAUGUUGUUGUGGUUACCCACUCAAAUCUCCCUAUUUCUUAAGUCACGUGUAGUUCAGAGGAAACUGUGUAAAACAUGUUUGUCAAGUUUCAAUUUGAAGUGUCACUAUAUUUCAACACAGUAAUACUAUGUAACAACAAUAAAACAAAGCAUCCCGGGAUGAACACUUCAAGAUGCAGCUGAAAGCUCAGGAAAACAAGCUUAAAUUGGUUCUUUAGUUAAGACAGUGUAGAUGAUUUUUUUUCUCUAAGUGAGUAGAGAGGGUGAGUUAUCAAAAAUGAUUUUCUACAUUAUUCAAAUUUCCAAAUCAAUAUCACUGUCUUAUGAGAGAGCAUUUUACUCAAGGUGUACUGCGCCAAUUGCAGCAGCACCAUAAAACUAUCCUGUACAAUGCUGUAAAACUCCAUUUAUGUUUUUAUAGUAAUGUAUUCAAUUUUUUGUAGGUAAGACUGUUUGAGUGUUAUGUAUAUUUAGGUGAAGACAGCUGGUUUUUAUUCACAUGGCAAACAGUUUGCAGUCUGUACAGUUGCAAUCAUCAUUAAAGU